AAUUCAGUAUUCCGCAGCUCGCCGCUUGCGGUUAUACUGAUUGUAACUUCCAAUUUUUUUUACAAAACGUUCCAAUGAAAAUUAAAAAAUAUCUUUUCGUACCUUUAAUGCAAUAAUAUGUGCAUUUUGAAGCAUGCCGAUUCAGGCUCCCUCAUGGACAGAUUUUCUGAACUGUCCCAUCUGCUGCAAUGAAUUUGCAGCCAGCCAGCGCUGCCCCGUCAGCCUCGGCUGCGGGCACACCAUAUGCAAGCUCUGUCUGACUACCCUCUACAACCGGCAGUGUCCCUUCGAUCAGACCGUGAUUGUCAGCGACAUCGACAAUCUGCCCGUUAACCAUGCCCUUCUACAGUUGGUCAAGGAUUCGGAACUGGUGGAGGUGGGGCCUCCGCCGCCCAGUGUCCAAAGUUUGGACAUUGAGCAACUCAAGUGCUACCAGCUGGGCCAGAGGUGCAUAGAGGAGCUGGCUCUGCACCUUAAGUCCUUUCAGAGCUUGAACGGAAACGGCAAUCUGCUGACACGUCCCAUGCAACGGAAGCUAGUGACCUUGGUGAACUGCCAGCUGAUGGAGGAGGAGGGAAGAGUUCGAGCACUCCGAGCAGCUCGGUCGCUGGGCGAAAGAACUGUCACUGAACUGAUUCUGCAGCACCAAAAUCCCCAGCAGCUGAGCUCCAAUCUGUGGGCAGCUGUGCGAACAAGAGGAUGUCAAUUCUUGGGACCCGCCAUGCAGGAGGAGGUGCUUAAGCUUGUUCUGCUGGCUUUGGAGGAAGGCUCCGCUCUGUCGCGAAAAGUUCUGGUGAUGUUCGUCGUGCAGCGACUGGAGCCACAGUUUCCCCAGGCCUCCAAAACCAGCAUUGGACAUGUGGUGCAAUUACUGUACCGGGCCAGUUGCUUCAAGGUCUCCAAAAGGGAAGCGGACUCAUCGCUGAUGCAGCUCAAGGAGGAGUUUCGAACGUACGAUGCUCUGCGGCGUGAACACGAUGCCCAGAUAGUUCAAAUAGCGACCGAGGCGGGUCUAAGAAUUGCUCCAGAACAAUGGUCUUCCUUGCUGUACGGCGACGUAAUGCACAAGAGCCACAUGCAGAGUAUAAUUGACAAGCUGCAGACGCCCAGUUCCUUUGCACAAUCGGUCCAGGAGCUAGUGAUCGCGCUGCAGCGCACUAGUGAUCCAGCCAAGCUGGCUAGCCUGCAUCAUCACCUCAAGUACCUGGCUAACAUCGAUCCCUGUGCAGAGGUGGCUCCCUGGCCGGAUUUAGCUGAAGCCCUGGAUGCAGUACGCCAUUCGGUGGUUGGGCUCGUAAACUUCCUUCAGCACCACGGCGUACGAAAGUCCCAGGACGGUAUCGGUGGUGGCGGAAACGGAGGAGCAGCCAACAGCAAUCCCAAGUACAAGAUAAGUCUGUGUAGAGACUUAAAUGUGAGGCGGGUGUGUCCCAGGGGAGCCAGCUGCACCUUUGCCCAUUCCCAGGAGGAAGUGGAGCGUUAUCGAGCGAGAAAUCGCGGUAAGCACAUGAAGACACCACUGGUACUGCAAGGACCACCCGCCAUGGUUGGCGGAGCGAUGAAAAAAACGAUGGGAGCGGAACAAGAAGGACAGGCGGGCUUGGGUGUUCCUCCGCCCAUGUUGCCGAUGUCGCCUAUGCAUUAUAUGGCGUCACCAAGAAGCUACAUCGAACCGAGCCUUGGACUUUCACCAGGAGGCGGUAUUCCACCACCCGGCCAUCCACCACUACUUCAUCCAUCGCACCAUACGCCGAUGAACCGACUUAUGGUACCCGGACGCUAUGAUCCGCGCUUCGCCGGCUACGGAGUGGGUCAACCAAGAAAUCCGUCGCCCAGGGAAUACCAAAAUAAUCCAGGAGCUCCACCACCUCCACCACCCCAACGCAAUGCCAACCCACCGAACUUCAGUGUGAAUAGCAGCUUGCACAAGGGCUAUAUGUUGCCCGGCGGAGAUUCUUUGUUCCAUUUAGGCCCGACACAUCCCUGGGAGCAUGGCUAUCCCCAUCCCCAUCAGCAGCAUCCUCCACAGCAGCAGCAGCAGCAACAGCAGCCGCCGCAGCUACCGUCCAGCAAGCCGAAUCCGAAUCCCAGCCGACCGUUGUCGAUUUUAGCCGCAACAGCUGAUACCUCAUUUUUUGAAAAGAAACCGCCGAAUAGUGUUAACUUGGAUGUGGACGCGGAUGUGACUGAUGUUGAUCCUUUGUCCCGCUUCCGGCGAUCCAACAUUAAUAACAGUAGUAACAAUAACAACAACAAUAGUAGUUCCCACAACAACAACCACAACAAUAAUAAUAAUCACGGCUCCUCACUGCUGUUUUGGAAUAAUUCGAGUAAGGAGUCUGCCAAUUUUGUGCGAUCUGAUUCCAUAUUGGAUGAUGACGCUACCACAUUCGACAUGCCCACCGGCUCCUCUAUGCACAGUCCCUAUGGUCCCAUUUGCCCGAAGAGCAGCACGACCAACAGCUGGAACAACUGGUUUCUGGGAAACGAUAUGAAGAGCAAUGCCGAGUUGCUGAGCGACAAAAACAGCGAUUUGGGAUAUGGGGGCUUCAAAAGCGACAGAAAUGAUAAUUACAAUGCCAACAAGCUGCAGCAGCCAAUAUGGGGCAGGAAGCCGCAGUUGAUGUCGGAGGACAGCUUCGAGGGUGGCAUCGAUAGCGGAAUGAUGCUGCAGUUGGAGAAGAACCUGGUGGACAUCGUUGACCCGGAUGAUAGUGGCAUUAAGGUGGACUAAGUGGCAGCCGGCCAGAGUAUAUGUCUAUAUAUGGGAUUAUAUAGAGUAAUAGAGAGAAAAAGAAAGUAUAUGUAUAAUGCAAUCAUUUUACACAUCGUUAGAGGUUUGUACCGCACAGUUCAAACUUUGGUAGAAUUUCAAAUGUAAUUGUAGUUAAACAGAUCCGACUGAUCCGUUAUUGGAUUAGAGCCAAAACAUAAAAAAAAGGAAUUAAUUGGGUUGGGUACCGUCUAUUAGAAUCUAUUAAAUAAUUGUCUAAUUAGUUCGUUGUUCAAAUUUUGUGGAAAUGUGUUUAUUCAUGUUCGUGUUAUGUUUCUCGAUUCGGGGAUUGUGUCUAGCAAAUGAAAAAAAUAUUAAAAAAAAAAAAGAUAAACAAAAGCAAAGAAAAACAAACUCAGCUUAGAAUGUAAAACUAAAUGUCUAGCGUAGAAUUUUCAGCUCAGACUUAUAGAAGAACUGCUUUAAUCAUAAAAGUUUCCCAUCCCAUCCCAUAGCCAAAAACACAAGGAGGAUGAUGCGGAAGCACUUUCGAUAUCUGGAGUUGUUCAAAAUUGUAGAGCGGUGAUGAUUUUUUACAAGGAACUGUACUCUAAUUAUUUGAAUCUUGAUCACAAGACUUUAAACUCAAAUUGUAAUUUAAAUUAUAAUUAAUUGUGUGUUUGUCAUCUCCCCCAUCCCAUCCCCCCCCGAUUAGUUGUGAUCAAAUUUUUUGGUUCAUUUUCUAACGCUGUACACAUAGAUAUAUUAUUAUAUAUAUACAUACAAAAUAUUUUUUUUAAUUAUUAACUAUUUCAAAAACUAUUUUUAUAUAUACACAAAAAUAAGCAAGGUAGAGAGCAUCGGCAGGACAUUCGAGUCCUUGCCGUCUCUCGCACACAUACACACAAAAACACACACACACAACACACAACAUACAACAUACAUACACGCUGAGCCACAGACAAGAUGAACGACAAUUUGUAUGUGUGUGAAAUGAAUGUUUAUAUUUCUUAAAGAAAUUUUAAUAACGCUAUUGUGCGAUGUUGUUAACUAUUGUACUAUAUAUUAUUAAAUUUAUUGAAAAUAAAUUAAAAUCACGUCCCUUUUUCCCCAUUUUUGUAAACUGUGAGACAUAUGUAAAGUAAAGAGAAGAGACGAUAAGAAAAGAAAGUGGCGAAAAGUGCGGAUUAGGAAGGGAAGGAGGAGAAAGUUAAAUGUCAGUCAGGUCUUUGAGAACAUUUACACAUAUACCUACUCUACGCAUAUAUAAAUUUAUAUUUAUAUAUAGAAUCUAACCAAUUUUUGUGCGCUCUAUUAUUAAUAUUAUAUAUUAAUGUCAGUUGAGCCCGCGUUAUGCUUUCAAGACUUUGUACAUCAUUUUGAUUUUGUAUGCAAACAAACAAAAAAACAAAAGAAAAACUUACAAAAAAUGAACUAAACAAAAAUAAGAAAUUUUGUAACUUGUAUUUGUUAAGCGAUGAAAUCAGGAAACCUAUAUAUAUAUAUAACUGCGCUUGAUCAUAGAAGAAUAUAUCAUAUAUCUUUACAUAUAUAUAUUUAUUGUUAACGAGUUUCGAUGCCGUGUGUGUAGUAGAAUCCAUGUAAAAAGUAUAUUCCCCAGAUUUCUGGGGGAUAUGUGUUCAGUUGUGAGCUAGUUAAAAAUUAAUCGAAGCAAUUUUUAAAAUCAAUAUACAUUUAAAUGUAUUUUUCCUAUUACUCAUGAAACUAAAACAUUCAGUGUAUAGAAGUGGAUCGAGGUAAACUAAUUGAGAUUUCUUCGAUGUAUUUUGUGUCCUGUGAAAUGUGAAAAUAUAGAACAAGGCUGGAUGGUGGAUCUGAGACGAUGUGCCAGGUGAUCCCAUGAUGAUGAGUACUUAAGUUUACAGAAACGAAUCCCUGGGGAUUUGGUGGACGUGGCUCGAUGGCAUCGUUUCAAGUGCCACCUUCUGGCCUUUGGCUGUGGUGAAGUUUUUUUUUCUAUUGUCUAGCUUAAACCCAAUGGGUUCAGUUCAUAAUAUUUGUAUUUGUUGAGUUGAGUUUUGUAACUUUAUAAUUUACAACCAGUCCAGCAACCCGCCAAAAUCCCAAAACUGACCGAGGCUCUUUUUAUACAGAUCGUGCCGAGCAAUUCACACUUAAACACAAAAAUUAAAAAACAUUUUCUAUUUACACACACACACACAUUUAUAUAUAUUUAUACAUAUAUAUGUUAAUUAAAUGUAUUUUUGGUAUUAUCACUCAAUGUUUCUACCCUAAGCAAAUUUCGAGUUCUGUUAAUUAACGUAGAAAAAAUUCUAUAAAAAAAAAACAAAAAAAUUAUUUAUUUUAUUUACCAAUAAAUUUUCAAAAAACCUUUA